CGCCGCCGCACACGGAGACAUGUACCCGGGAGCCCCCUCCGCCGGACCCGUGCUCACACCUCCUCCCCCAUUGCCACCACCAAUACAGGGAUAUGCCUUCAAACCUCCUCCUCGACCGGAUUUUGGCACUUCUGGGAGAACAAUCAAACUGCAGGCCAACUUCUUUGAAAUGGACAUUCCUAAAAUAGAUAUCUACCAUUAUGAAUUGGAUAUAAAGCCAGAGAAAUGUCCUAGAAGAGUUAACAGAGAAAUAGUGGAGCAUAUGGUUCAGCACUUUAAAACCCAGAUUUUUGGGGAUCGCAAACCAGUGUUUGAUGGAAGAAAAAACCUUUAUACAGCUAUGCCACUUCCCAUUGGGAGAGAUAAACAGGUGGAGCUGGAGGUCACGCUGCCAGGAGAAGGAAAGGACAGAAUCUUUAAGGUGGCUAUCAAGUGGAUGUCCUGUGUGAGUUUGCAGGCUUUACAUGAUGCUCUCUCUGGCCGGCUGCCCAGUGUCCCCUUUGAGACCAUCCAGGCCCUGGAUGUGGUGAUGAGGCACUUGCCUUCCAUGAGGUAUACUCCUGUGGGGAGAUCUUUCUUUACAGCAUCAGAAGGGUGCUCAAAUCCUUUGGGUGGUGGCAGAGAAGUUUGGUUUGGCUUCCAUCAGUCAGUCAGACCUUCAUUAUGGAAAAUGAUGUUAAAUAUUGAUGUAUCUGCAACUGCAUUUUACAAAGCACAGCCAGUUAUUGAGUUUGUCUGUGAAGUUCUGGACUUCAAAAGUAUUGAAGAACAACAAAAACCUCUGACAGAUUCCCAAAGGGUAAAGUUUACCAAAGAAAUAAAAGGUCUGAAGGUGGAGAUAACACACUGUGGACAAAUGAAAAGGAAGUACAGAGUGUGCAAUGUCACCAGACGACCAGCAAGUCACCAAACAUUCCCACUUCAGCAGGAGAAUGGACAAACCGUUGAAUGCACUGUAGCUCAGUAUUUUAAGGACAGACAUAAAUUAGUUUUACGCUACCCUCACCUUCCAUGUUUACAAGUUGGACAGGAGCAGAAACACACAUACCUUCCUCUGGAGGUGUGCAACAUAGUGGCAGGACAAAGAUGCAUAAAGAAGCUCACUGACAAUCAAACUUCCACUAUGAUUCGAGCCACUGCCAGAUCAGCCCCAGACCGACAGGAAGAGAUCAGCAAACUGAUGCGGAGCGCGAGUUUUAACACUGACCCUUACGUCCGAGAGUUUGGGAUAAUGGUCAAGGAUGAAAUGACAGAUGUGACUGGCAGAGUCCUACAGCCUCCCUCAAUCCUCUAUGGAGGCAGGAAUAAAGCAAUUGCUACACCAGUGCAAGGUGUCUGGGACAUGAGAAAUAAACAAUUUCACACUGGAAUUGAAAUAAAGGUUUGGGCAAUUGCCUGCUUUGCUCCCCAGCGCCAGUGCACUGAAGUUCAUCUUAAGUCCUUCACAGAACAGCUACGGAAGAUUUCCAGGGAUGCUGGAAUGCCAAUCCAGGGGCAGCCCUGCUUCUGUAAAUACGCCCAGGGAGCCGACAGCGUGGAGCCCAUGUUCAGACACCUCAAGAACACUUACACUGGCCUGCAGCUUGUCGUGGUCAUUUUGCCAGGAAAAACACCAGUCUAUGCGGAGGUGAAGCGCGUUGGUGACACGGUGCUGGGAAUGGCCACUCAGUGUGUGCAGAUGAAAAACGUCCAAAGAACAACACCACAAACUCUGUCCAACCUCUGCUUAAAAAUAAAUGUCAAAUUAGGAGGUGUAAAUAACAUUCUACUGCCACAGGGAAGACCCCCUGUAUUCCAGCAGCCUGUCAUAUUCCUUGGUGCAGAUGUAACUCACCCACCAGCUGGGGAUGGGAAAAAGCCUUCCAUUGCUGCAGUUGUGGGAAGCAUGGAUGCUCAUCCCAACCGUUACUGUGCCACUGUGCGGGUGCAGCAGCACCGCCAGGAAAUCAUCCAGGAUUUGGCUGCCAUGGUCAGGGAGCUGCUGAUCCAGUUCUACAAAUCCACGAGAUUCAAACCAACUCGCAUCAUCUUCUACAGGGAUGGUGUUUCUGAGGGCCAGUUCCAGCAGGUUCUCCACCACGAGCUGCUGGCUAUCAGGGAGGCUUGCAUUAAACUGGAGAAGGAUUAUCAGCCUGGCAUCACAUUUAUAGUGGUGCAGAAGAGGCACCACACCAGACUCUUCUGCACGGAUAAAAACGAACGGGUUGGAAAAAGUGGAAACAUUCCAGCUGGUACCACAGUGGACACAAAAAUCACCCACCCCUCAGAGUUUGACUUCUACCUGUGUAGUCAUGCUGGGAUUCAGGGGACAAGCAGACCUUCCCACUACCACGUGCUCUGGGAUGACAAUCGCUUCUCGUCGGACGAGCUGCAGAUCCUCACCUACCAGCUGUGCCACACGUACGUGCGCUGCACGCGCUCCGUCUCCAUCCCUGCUCCAGCAUACUAUGCACACCUGGUGGCCUUCAGAGCCAGGUACCAUCUGGUGGAUAAGGAGCACGACAGUGCUGAAGGAAGCCACACUUCUGGCCAGAGCAAUGGCAGAGAUCACCAAGCACUUGCUAAGGCAGUCCAGGUGCACCAGGACACGCUGCGCACGAUGUACUUUGCUUGACAUGUUUUAAUGUUCAGUGGCUCCGGACAAGGCAGAGUUGGAUUCACACCAGACCAGCUGCACUUAGACCAACAGAUGCCCCAGCCCAGGGACAGCCAGCAAUGAGUGAUGCAUCUUUUUUCUUUCUUUCUUUCCCAUUUGCAAGGAAGCCUUCCGUCCAGAAUUUCAGACUUGAUCACAAACUGCAUUCUUGUACAAACCCCACUGUUGUCAGAAAUGUGGUUUGCCAAAAAUCUCUGAGCUGCUUGGUAUAAAACAGACCCAGAUUUUAUAAUUAAAUCAAGAGCUGCAAUCUCAGGGCUUAGGGAAGAAAAGCAAAAAACCAAACCAACAACCCAACCCACAAAACUGUUCAUUCAGUUAGCUGUUCAUUGAGUUGCUUUUGAUAAUUUGAAAAGAUCUAAUUCAUACUGAGGUUUGAUGAGCUAAAACGCUGUGAGUCAGCAUUUAGUACAAAGAAAAGCAAAGCAUAUGUUGAGUAUUUAUGAAGCCUUGAUUAUUCUAGAUGCAUUUACAAAAUUUUUAUUUUCAAAAUAAGAGCGUGACAAACUUCUGGUUUCUAACUGUCUUAUAAAGAUUAUUCUCAAAUUAGUCUCUGUGUGUCUAAGGGCAAAUGUAUUUUCUGAAGCUUGUUCUUGAAUGUUUUUUAUUGUGCUGCAUUUUAAAAUGUUUUUCGUAGACUAAAGAUGAAUUUAAAAAAAAAAAAAAAAGAAAAACAAUAAGCCUGUACCUAAGCUUUUAAUAUCUCCAGUUGGAUUGGCAGAGGAAAAUGUGCCAUUUAAAAAAAUUUGUAUAGAUUUUUUUAAAGUCAUACUGACAGCUAACUUUAGGAUUUGUCAUACAGGACUGUGACACUUACUUUCCAAAGUCUCUAAAGAAUACGGGUCUGUGGUGAUAAAUACAGUACAAUCCUUUUUCACUGUUGUUUGAGUUAAUGUAAAUUUUAUAUAUGUUUCACAGUAUUAAUGUGAUAGACUAGAUGCUAUUAUUUAUUUUUAUUUACUAAGGAGUGCUCAUUAUACUUCUGUUAACAUAUCAAGAAUGCUUUGAACUUAGAAAGUAAAAUCCUUUUUGUGGGGACAUUACUCUUCAAAUGCAAAAAAAAAAAAUAUAUGCAAUCGACGUGGUGAGAGGAGAAAGAUGAUGCAGCCAGUGUCUGUUGUAGCUUGGGAUUUGCAGAAAGGCUUUUUCAUUGUGCACACAGCACAGCAGGUUUUACCUCUGCGGUUCAGACGCACACAAGACCAACAUUCUACAUUCGUUCAAGCACAAAACAACUGUAUUUUAUUUAUAUGUUUAGUAGUGUUAAGCAGGAGCUCUGCUAGAGGAGAGUGGCUCUCUGGAAGUUAGGCAGAAUUCAGAGAAUCUAUGCAGUAAAGAGAAAAACUAGGAAACUGAAGUUUACUUAGGGAAGGAGGUGAAACUCUCUUCAUUAUGCAUAAGAGAUCCGUAGGAAACGUGAGAGUUUUGCCAUUCUCUUAGGAGAAGCAUUAAUUAAAACUGAUACUUAUUAGACAGAUGCUUCUAUUAGUUUGCACACUGGAUUCAUAAAAACCAUAACACACACGUAAACCAUUGCACUAAUGACGAUGCCAUGAGCAGGUUUAGGAGAAAAUGGAAAAAGCCCAGGAAAGUUGUUUAUGCUGACUUGAUCUUGUUUGUUUUCCAUGGGAUAACUGAAAUAAGAUGCUGAGAGGCAGGUUAGAAAACCUUCAUUCUCUUCCACUGAUGGAUUUUGCUUUGUCUUUUCCCUUUUCUCCAAGCAGCUGCUCAGUCUCUGUUUGGACACUUUUACCUCUGGCCACUGGGAUGUUGGAGUAGCUUUAACCCAUGCAGAGCUCUGGGCCACAGAGCAGAUCAGCUGCAACCAGGUGAUGUUGGAUAAGCUAGAAAAUGCCCAACCCGUGCUGCAUAAAGACUUUUAGGUACAUAAUUCCAGUUCAGAUCUUCACCUUGUAGCGGUGUGUUGGUUGUUGGUAUUUUGUAGGUGAAAUGUAGAACCUGUUAAUGGAAUAAUCAUAUUUGUACUAUUCUAAUUGGGUGAUUUGGCUGCUGGCUCAGAGUGUCUUCUUGGUCGUAGUUCUAUAAAUUCAGAUUUCUGUAAAUUUGAAGCAAAUCCUAGGUAGCAUUGUCUGUCUUGCUGUGUGCCAGCGAGGUUGUACCUACCUCCCCUCAAGUACCCCUAAGCUGCAGAUCCUCCCCAUGGUGGGUGUGUUGCACUUCUCUCUGUUUCCUUCAGAGCUUUCCUAUUUCAGUGAAAAUAUUCAUUUGGCAGAGUUUUAUAUAAGAAUUAUUUUUAUAUGAAUUCUUCUUAUCAAAUAGGAUAAAGAGCAUCCAUUUUAAGACAUCAUUUAACUUAUUUGCUGUCUGUUAUGCAGAGACCUCUUGGAUGUGAAAUUCAUCCCCCUCUUUCCAUGCAGAUCUGGGACAAUGGAAUUGUACAGCUGGUCAGAUGGGGUGUGAGGAGGGCAGGAUCUGUCUUGACCUCAAAUCUCAUUUCUGAAGCAGCCUGGGACUGCAUUGCAUCCUAUUUAAGAUGUUUCCUUUGUGAGAAAAGGAGUUUUAGGCAGGCCCUUAAUCUGAGAGUAGUUGUUGUUUGUGGAUCCUCUUGGAAGGAGCAGAAAUUCUGCGUAGCUUUCCUUCCCUAAGUAUGAAGAACUUGGGAUGUUUAUGUGCAUUUCAGGACAUUUUAACCUUUUACAGAUCUUUCUAGGCCUCUAAUACUGCUAAUUCUUUAUGCCCUGUGUCUCCCUCCUUUUCCCUCCCACCAGUGGUGAAUUAGUGAAUAAUUUAAAGCAUUAACCCCCCCCCAGAAAAACUGAUUAGGUAUUACUUUGUAAAGUACAGCAUGCUGGCAGUCCAGCACCUCUCUUUCUGAGAAUACUUGUAAUAUAAAUUACAUAUUCAAAAAUAUCUCCUGUCUAAAAAAGCCACCACAAACACCUAAAAUCCUAGUAUUAUUUUUUUAUUCUGUACCUCCCACAUGUCUGGUGUAGAACAGCAACAUCUCAGGUCAACACAAAGCUUAAGAAGUCUCAGUCUCCUCCAGGUUGCUGGUGGAGAAGUGCCAGCUGAGGUCACAAUUCUUGAGUCUCUGGGUCACUGUGCAGGUCAGGUCAGCAAUAACCAAAUUUGUGCUACUCUCAGGCACUUGGGGCAUUUUCCAGCCCAUGCAAAGGAGCCCCACUGCACAACCCCCCCAAAACAGCAUCAGCAAGUGUGAAAUGCUCCUCUUGGGAGGUGACAAGUACUAUCAGAAGAUACGAAAUAAUUAAAAGUUUGUCUUUUUUUCCCUGAUGUGCAAAAUGUAAUGCAAUAAUGAGGUUUGCUUGGUGGUGGAAAUCUCUGCUCCAGUGGCUGAACAGAGUAAUGAGUCUGCUCCAUCUGUUCAGCACCCAGGAAACAACUGAGCUGAUCCUUAGGAGUAAAUGUCCUGUUGGGAAAUGCUGGAAGGAGGUGGAUUUGUCUCUGCCUUUAUGUGGCAUUUAAGACAGCCCUAUGCAAUUAAACACUUGUGUGUGUGUGAAUGCACUGAUGUACAGAGUGAGAUCACUUGUUUUAUUAGAGCUCCUUAUUUUGGCUUGGUUUGCUUUAGAAUAUUUGACUUUGUGAAUUACAAUCAAUGAUCUUCCAUGUUCCAGAUGCUUUGGCAUAGGAAUUCCCUUGUUUCUUGAUCUGUCAGGUAACAAAUACCUUUGAUCUCCAUCCAGGCCCCCAGGCAGCGUUUCCUGAUUGUAAAAGCAAAAAGGUUGUGAAGGUUUGGCUUUAAUUCUGCCUCUCUUAGUAACUCCUGCAGCCUUUAUCUGUUGUAACAGAGUCUAGUUCUUGUUGAAUCAUUUUUGUAACAUAACACAAGAGGUUUUUCCACAAGGAUUUUCAAAUUAAAACUUCUGGAGAGUAGGUGUGAGGAGUUGAGGGUUUUUUUUCUGAGAAGAUUGACGUUUCUAAGAUGCUUCUAAGUUUUUCUCUCUGACUAAAGUUGUUCUUGUAUGUGCCCAAAGGCUUUUGAUUAAAUAGCACACUCAGUCAAAUAAGCAUCACUGGUGGCGUAAAUAACCCAUAAGGGACUUUUUUUUUUUUUUAAAGACAUCUUUUACACAUUAACUUAAUGAAUGUAAGAAGAGUUCUCAAUUAUUUUCACACUUGAGACCAGUGUAAUUAAACUCACUUGUUUUCCUAUUUUUAAUACUCUUCUUCUGCCAUAGCAUCUCUCUUUGUGUGGCUUUCCCCAUUCCUAAUGCAAGGCAGUCCUUUGUUUUGUACUUUUAUAUUCCAUUUGGUAACAUGCUUCUUGAUGCACAGAUGCCAUCUUUCUUAAGGAAAACU